CUUCUUUCUCUUGGGAAAAGUUUCGCACUUUUGCCCGGCCAAAGUUCGCCCUCGACUUGGUCUAUCUCUCUUUGUCUCUCUCCGUCAAGUCGCUCUCCUAGCUUCUCUGUUCCUUGAGAAGCCCUCUACUUGGUUCACCAUGCCCGCCACCAACGGCAACUCACUGGUCAACGGCGAAACCUUGGACUUCCGCAGUGCCACAAAGGUGCUGCAGUCCGAAUACGCGGAGCGCGAUGGCAUCUCCGUCAAGGACCUGAUCAACUCCAAGGUGAACGGAGGCCUGACCUACAAUGACUUCCUCAUGCUCCCUGGCUACAUCGGCUUCGCUGCCUCCGAGGUUGCGCUUGAAUCUCCCAUUACCAAGAGAAUCACUCUCAAAACUCCCUUCGUUUCCUCUCCCAUGGACACCGUUACGGAACACAACAUGGCCAUCCACAUGGCCUUGCUCGGUGGCUUGGGCGUCAUCCACCACAACUGCUCGCCGGACGAGCAAGCCGAAAUGGUCCGCAAGGUGAAGAGAUACGAGAACGGCUUCAUCCAAGAUCCCGUCGUCAUUUCUCCUAAGACGACCGUGCGGGAGGCGAAGGCGUUGAAGGAGAAGUGGGGCUUUGGUGGUUUCCCCGUCACAGAAAAUGGUACACUUCGGUCCAAGCUCAUUGGUAUCGUUACUCCGCGGGAUGUGCAAUUCCAUGAGAAUCUGGACGAUCCCGUCACCGCUGUCAUGUCCACCGAUCUCGUCACCGCACCCCAGGGUGUCGAUCUGAAGGAGGCAAACAGGAUUCUCAAGGCGUCUAAGAAGGGCAAACUCCCCAUUGUGGACGAGAAUUUCAACCUUAUUGCACUGCUCUCUCGGUCCGAUCUGAUGAAGAACCUUCAUUACCCACUUGCUUCCAAGCUUCCGGAUUCAAAGCAGCUCAUUGCAGCCGCUGCCAUUGGCACUCGCCCGGCAGACAAGGACAGGCUUCAGAAGCUGGUUGAUGCCGGCCUUGACAUUGUCAUCCUCGAUAGCAGCCAGGGGAACAGCAUCUACCAGAUCGAAAUGAUCAAGUACAUCAAGGAAAAGUACCCUGAAUUGGAUGUGAUUGGCGGCAACGUGGUGACCCGCGAGCAAGCGGCCGCUCUGAUCGAAGCCGGAGUGGAUGGUCUCCGUAUCGGCAUGGGCAGCGGAAGCGCCUGCAUCACGCAGGAGGUCAUGGCUGUCGGUAGACCGCAGGCCACGUCCGUCUACAAUGUUGCACAGUUCGCCAAGCGAUUCGGCGUCCCUUGCAUUGCGGACGGCGGUAUUCAGAACGUGGGCCACAUUGUCAAGGGUCUGGCCUUGGGCGCCUCGACCAUCAUGAUGGGAGGCCUGCUUGCAGGUACCACCGAGUCCCCUGGCGAGUACUAUGUCAGCCAUGACGGCCAGCUUGUCAAGGCCUACCGUGGCAUGGGCAGCAUAGACGCAAUGGAGGACAAGAAGGCCGGUGCUGGCUCCAAGGACGCCAAAGCUAGCAAUGCCGGCACUGCCCGCUACUUCUCCGAGGGAGACCGCAUUCUAGUCGCUCAGGGUGUCUCUGGAUCCGUACGCGAUCGCGGCUCCAUCACCAAGUUUCUGCCAUAUCUCCAGGCGGGUGUGCAGCACUCGCUCCAGGAUAUCGGCGUGCGGAGCUUGACGGAGCUGAGAGAAGGUGUCGUCAAUGGCACUGUAAGGUUUGAACUGAGGACCGCGAGUGCUCAGGCUGAGGGCAAUGUGCACGGUCUGCACAGCUUCGAGAAGAAGCUGUACUCUUGAUUUCUUGGUCACAGCUGCAUAGAAUUGGCGUCUGGGAGGCUUCAUUGGGUUCAGUUUUUGAUGACGGUGUUAUGCUUCUAGAGAGGUUGGGCUUAAAAUGAUCGUAGCACGACAAUCUAUUCGCCAUGAUAUUUGACGA